AUGUCUCAAAACGAACCUCCUGCUUGGAUGUCUGCCGCGGCACGCAAAGAAUGGGCUGAAACCUAUGCCAGAUUGGAAGCAGCUGGUGCUUUAGGUGAUGAGGAAUAUGAAAGUGAGUACGAGGAAAAGCCACAGCGCUCUAGACACGCAGACACAUUUGAGAAGGACCUUACUACCUACGAAAUAGUAGUAUCACUAUACCUUGACAAAACGAGCGAUGUCUCCAAUGAGUAUCUUCGUGAAGUAGAAGAGGUGGUUAACAAUUGCGGCGCGCCAGUUAAAACCUACAGAUGGGACGUCAAUCACCACAAGGGUUUCUUUGAAUACCACGAUCAACCGUCAGUGCCAUCUGUUCGAAUUUAUGCAGGAGGCGAAUUGAGUGGCGAAAGCAAGGACGAUGUGCGAAAGUUCAAGAGACAUUUGACUGCGGCUGCCGUUCCAUACGCUCAUGCAAAUAGAGGUCCAAGAGACAGCUCAUCAAGAGGUAGCCCUUCAAGAGAAUCUGACAGUGAAGAAGACCCGGAUAUGGCCAAGGCUGCUGCUGCAAGAGCUCAAUUCGAUCGAGUAAUUGCUUCUAGUGAUCUCGUCGUCGUCUUUUUCUAUAGACUUCACAACAAGAAUACAGACAUCAUGAUGCCAGCAUUCAACGAGGCCAAGAAUAAAUGCCCAACACCCGCCAAGUUCCUCCAGUAUGAGGUCGACCGCGACAACGACAUGUUCAAUCAUUGCGAGGUGGAUCACGCCCCGCAUUUUCAAUUCUAUGUCAAGGGGAAGAAGCAGCCAGAUGUUGAUUUCCGUUUCGUAGACGAGUUUUACGAUGCGAUGUCUCUUCAUGCUGGAGGUGGUGUCUAUGGUGAGCACGCAAAUGAUCUUGACAGUAAUCCAUUCAAGACACCAUGGUAA